CGUUUUAAAAAAAUAAAAAUAAACAUAUGACAGAGUUGAGUUGAGUUGAGUUGUCUCAAAAUCUUAAUCGUAACCAUUUCCGCCACUUCCUCCGCCUUAAUAACUCCAAUUAACCGUCGCUUUUAAUCUCACUGAUCGCACACAUGGUCGAGGAAGCCCAAUCCCAACCCCCGACACAGCAGCAAACACAGCCGCUGGCCCAACCCCUGCCCCAAGUUCAACCACAAGCUCACCAUGAAAACGCCCUCGCCAUCGUUCCCACCGACACCCCAACCUCCACCGACAUAGUUAUUGUUCCUCCACAUACGACGUCGCCGCCUUCGAAAAUCCCGUUCCGUCCUCGAAAAAUCCGUAAACUGUCUCCCGAUGACGCAACGGACCCCACCAGUUCCUCUCAACAAAUCGUAACGACCAAAACGGAACCGACCAAAACCACAUCUUCUAAAUCUUCUAAAUCACGAACCACUCAACAUCAAACGUUGCUAUCGGUUCCUAGGAUUAUCGCGCGGCCGUUAUCCUCUGAAGGCGAGGUCGAAAUCGCGAUUCGGCAUCUCCGAAACGCGGAUCCACUAUUAGCUUCAUUAAUCGAAAUACAUCCACCUCCGACUUUUGAUUUGUUUCAUACUCCGUUUUUAGCCCUGACUCGAAGUAUCCUUUACCAGCAAUUGGCUUUUAAGGCUGGCACGUCGAUCUACACGCGCUUUAUUUCACUUUGCGGUGGUGAGGCUGGAGUGGUUCCUGAGACAGUUCUUGCUUUAACCCCUCAACAGCUCCGACAAAUCGGAGUUUCGGGACGAAAGGCGAGUUACCUUCAUGAUCUAGCUAGAAAGUAUCAAAAUGGGAUAUUAUCUGAUGCAGCUAUUGUAAAUAUGGACGAUAAAUCGCUUUUCACAAUGCUUACAAUGGUUAAUGGAAUCGGGUCAUGGUCUGUGCAUAUGUUCAUGAUUUUCUCGCUUCACAGACCGGACGUUCUGCCUAUCAAUGAUCUAGGCGUGAGGAAGGGAGUCCAGUUACUUUAUAAUCUGGAGGAGUUGCCAAGGCCGUCUCAGAUGGACCAGCUUUGUGAGAAAUGGAGGCCGUAUAGGUCGUUAGCGUCGUGGUAUCUGUGGAGGUUUGUGGAAGCUAAAGGGGCACCAUCUAGUGCGGCGGCCGUGGCAGCAGGAGUGGCGCUGCCUCAGCCACAGCAAGAGGAGCAACAACAUCAGCAGCAGCAGCCGCAACUUUUGGAUCAGAUAAAUAGCCUUAUCAACAUCGGGGCUUGUGCUUGGGGACAAUAGCGAGGGGAGUGGAGAGUAGAAGUUUGUCACUCGGCUCAGUCCAUUUUCCGGUUUGAACUGAAGUGCUUCAAAGCAAUGCUAUGAUACUUGUGGUAAAUUUAGCUGCUGGGAGUUAGGAUAUUGAAGACCUUGAGUAUGGUAAUUCUGCUCUGAGAAUAAAUAAAGAUCAUACUUGUUCAAGUUCUUUAGUAGUAGGACACAAUCUUCAACCGCCAGUGUUCUCUUGUAGGAUAUUAUACAAUGAAAUGCUUAAAUGCUUUGACCUUGGAAUGUGAUCGGGCUCCUUUGUUGAACUUCAGUAUACCUGCAUUGCAGCUUUGUAAAUCUUGACUACAUUACUCAUGUUUGAACUGGACUCUUGAGAUUUAUAUUUUAACAUGCACUUGAUUGAA